CAACAAACGCACAACACCGGGAGAAACUUGGUGUCCAGGGGCGGCCCCCGGCGGCUGGAGCGCGGCGCGGGCGGGCGCGGAGGCCGGAGGGAGCCGAGGCGAGGGGCGGCCCGAGCGCGGGGAGGGAGCCCGGCGAGCCGGUCAUGUGCCCGUGCCCCCUGCACCGCGGCCGCGGGCCCCCGGCCGUGUGCGCCUGCAGCGCGGGCCGCCUGGGGCUGCGCUCGGCGGCGGCGCAGCUCACGGCCGCCCGGCUCAAGGCGCUGGGCGACGAGCUGCACCAGCGCACCAUGCGGCGGCGCCGCGCGCGGGGUCGGGGGGCGCGGGCGCCCGGCGCGCUCCCCUCCUACUGGCCCUGGCUGUGCGCGGCCGCGCAGGUGGCGGCGCUGGCGGCCUGGCUGCUCGGCAGGCGGAACUUGUAGGAACGCGGGGCUGCUUGGUGGGGCCGGAGCCGAGACCCAGCUGGAGCGAGCAACAGGUUGGUGCAACCCCUGUGUUCUUGGAGAAAGCUGGUUCCCGUUUUCCUGAGGGGAAGCCCGGAGCUGGAAGGGGGCGGCGGUUGGCACUUCGAGGAGGAAGUGGAGGCUCACGCCGGCGCCUGGAGCGAGGGCAGAAAGGUGGUGGCUGGGGGCCGGGGGGGCCUUCUGGAUGUCCAGCUGCAGAAACAGACGCCCUGACGCUAUUUACCUACAGCUCUCUCUAUAUAUAGAAAAAAAGAAAAUAUGAAUAUUACUUCUCAGUGCAUGCCUUGUCGAGGACGCGUCCCCUUCUUUUUUUCCGCACCUUCCGAUGUGAACUGGGACAGUCGCCUGCCAGGGGCUCUGGGAGACCGCCGCCACCGCUGUCGCUGCCGCCGGAGUACCUGGGAAAUUUGCAAAGACUGGUAGGAAUGGAAUAACACGUGACAUGGCAGAAGGCAAAGAGGAAGGGAACAAAAAAUAUAUAUAUGGAAGAAGGAAAGAAAAAGAAUGAGGAAGAUGUGGGCAGAUUUGGGGGAGGCAGGGGGUCUGCGCAGUCUCUGUUUCGAAAACCUCUCGACCCCUCCGGGUCACUUGGUACCUGCCUCCGUAGCUGGCUGGUCCCCCGGCCUCGUCACAAGUGGGGUCCUUGGUUCCUGCCCAUCUGAUGGUGUCUCUGGUGCUUCGCUCACAACCGCUGGUGCUAAGUGUGUUUCUCGUGGGUGCUGCCGUGGACCCCCGGCACUGUGGGACAAUGCCACCCGCCCUGCCGGCCUGAGAUGAGAUUUUUUUGUUUUGUUCUUUCAGAUUCUUUUUUUUUUUUUCACCUGUUUUGAAGGGGCGAGUUGCAAAAGUGCCACUUGAGAAUCUCUUUCCGUAAGAGGGGGGUGGAGAUGGCAGAUAAGCCAGAGGUGGUUUGCGGGAGGAUCUUGUCUGGGGGGGGGCCAGCUCUGGUCAGCUGGGGGAGGCAAGCCCCAGUGUGACUUGUUGGCCGUCUCCUCUCCCCCGAGGAGGGUCCUAGAGCUCAGCCCAAGGCUUCCCUCCCUCCCUCCCUGGGGGAUUUCAGGGCUUAGGUUUUUAUAGAUUAAAGAGCCAAGAAACGGCUUCAUUUUGGUCGAGGGUGAUUUAUAAGCCAGGGGCGCUGGGGGAGGGGAGGGCCAUGGAAAUGAAAUGCACCAGCAUCUCACUGAUGGACAGGAGGGUCUGAUUCUUUUAUUCCAGGAUAAAGCACUAUUUUCAGAAGUUUCUAGAAGGGCUAAAAAAUUAAAAAAAAAAAGUGUGCUGGACUGAGACUUGGCUGCAAAGAUUCUUCAGGGAGCCAGGAUUAUUAUUUUGCUUUAAAAAAAAAAAGAAAUCCAAGAAAAACAGGUAUUAUUUCUCUGUUCAGGGUAUCAUUCACUCACUGCUCUGUUUUGUUCCAAGCCGAGAGGCGCAGGCUUGGGGAAUAGGUGCUGGCAGUUAUGCUACAAGGCUGCAUUUGCCGGGGCCCCUCCCCCGCCCCAGCCCUGGACAGGGGGUUCUCGGGCUAUUCGCAGAUCUCCCCCAGUUCUAAGAGGUCAGGGAGGGGUCAGCUGUUGUUAAGGCGGACAGGGGGGCUGACCGGGAACCAACCAGCUGCAGAGCUUUUGCUCAGAGUCCCCGGGCCCUUUAACCACAGGACCUUUCCCCGCGCAGGCUGGGAGCAAGUCUUGCUUGCUUGCUUGCUUUCCAAAACAACACAACCCCGGCCUUCUGUUCCCUCAAAUCGCCCUUUAGAGGCAAAUGCAGCCCAGCAGGGCAGGGGGUGAGGGCAGCCUGCACCCACUCCCCGCUGACAGCUUGGAUCUCCGCUCAGGGAGAAGCAGCGCUUUCCUGGAGACCCUGCUCGCUCGCCUUCACCCCUGCAGUUCUGUUUACAGGGAUGCUGGAGGAGGAGGCGGGGUCUGCUGGGGAAGGCUUCAAGCUCUGAACUCCCUGUGCCUCUCUCUCCCCUCUCCCAGCCGAUUUCCUAGGCAGACGCCAGCGUCUUUCUGGCUCACCCCGAUUUCAGGGGAGCCGUUUUUCCCAGCCGUCGACGAGUGCCACCACCUUUCAGACCUCUAGGGAGGCGUGGGGGUGCAGGCUGACCUCCUUUUUUUGCAGCCUUGACUUGCCUGCCAGCUUAGGUAUGACUGCCCCUCCGGAGUGUCCAAACUCCGAGUGGGUGGGGCAGGCUGGAAGUGGGGGGGGGGGCGUUGGGCGUUUGGGCCCUUUGGAUUUUUUUUUAACGAAGCCACAUUGCGGAGAACAGGGCGGCCACGCCUUCCCGAUGGAGCUGUCCAGCCAAGUCCCUUGUACAUAAUCUCUUGUAUUAACAGAAACCCUGUAUUUAUCGGAUCCUGACUUUUUUCUUGCACAUCAUUAAUUGGAGUGCACUUCUCCACCGCCCCGAUUUUUUGACAAGGGGUUGUUUUUAAUGCUUGGUGUUUUUUUUUUUUAUAUGAGAUUUGACUUCUUGAUGGACAUUUGUAUGAGGAAAUGGAAGCAUGAGAUACACAUGAAUUAGAUUGUCCCCACUCUCACGCGCAUUGCAUUAUUUGGAUUGCAUGAGAUAGUGGGGUAUAGUUUUUUUUUUAAUAUUUCCACAGUGCGCAAAGUGCUGGCACCAUCCCUCCCUCCUGCUCUCCCCACACCCCCUUUCUUCCCCUCCGGCUGCCAAGGAGUCAUUGAUUUUGAUUAGCUUCGCUGCAGAGCGUCUGUGAAAAGAGAGAGAGGCUUUGAAAUAAAUUUUAAAAAGACCUCAUAUCGAGUUUCAGCAGACAGCAGUGUGUGUGUGCGUGCAUGUAUGUGUGUGUGCGCGCGAGUGCGUGCGUGUGUCCACACAAUGCAGACGGACGUCUCUGAGGUCAUUUAAGUAGCUGCAUGAAGACUUGAAGAGCAAAGGAAGGGCCCCCGCUUUCCCGAUGAUGCAAGGGGUGCAAGACUCCAGCUAGACACACGGGGCCUCUGGGACUUCCGCAUUCCAGAUGAGACCCAGGCCCUUCUGGAAGCUUCUCUCCCUCCCCCCACACCCCACACACACACUGAGUGUCUCUUUCCUCCUCUUCAAAUGCUGGGUUUCCUUUCACGGUCCUUUUGGCCCAGUUGGAGCUGGAGUGAGCCUUUCUUGGGGGAGAGCGUCCACUGGGCCCCCCCUUGACCGCUGUCCAUGGUGCUGGACCCAGCCCCAGCCCUGGGAGCCACCCUCAUUGUUUUCUCCCCUCCUGGGGGCACUGGAGACGCCGUUCCUGCCUUCCAGUGGUCCGGUUUUUAGAUUCUUUUCUUUUUUGAUGGGGAACGGGUGACGUAAGCAAUACUGCCGCAGGACCACGGGGCUGUGACUUCGGCUUCCCAAUUUAUGUAGCUGAUCUCAGCCUACUCCGCGCUCUCUCGCGAGGCUGCUGACGGCUGCAAACCGGCUCUUUCCUCGCUGGGAAAUUGGCAGGGCGCCCCUCUGAUCGCACACAGGGGUCUUUUGGGGACACUGGUGCUCUGUGGACUUUUUUUUUAGUGUCCAGCUGCUGUUAGAAGCAGCAGUGACCAGGACUGGAGUCUUGCUCUUCUCUGUGGAGACCAGCCCCUUUUCUGAAUUUUUUUUAAAGCUACGUUGGGCCAAUCAGAGGGUCAAAAGAGGAUGGAGAGGUGAGGAGUUUUGGGGGUGGGGGGGACAGGGUUGAACCCCCCUGAACUAGUCUCCUGGGAGCUCACUGAGGGAGGGAGUGGAGUCAGAGUGUCACUUUAAAGCUUAAAGUGAAAGUUUAUUUUUAAAGAUUUCAUUCAUUCACUCAACAGCCUACUAUUCACCAGGUACCCGUCUUGUGCCCGCUGCUAGAUGCCCACCUGGGAAGAGGUUUUCGUGCCGGUGCCUGAGGGGCAGCCCCUUUUGCCGGCAUAGUGGCCCAUGACCUUUGUCCAGACUGGCCAGGGCCUCCCCGGGACCCCAGGCUGUGCUGGCUAGUGGCUGGAAUAGCACUUUCUGGGCCCCCGCCCCCCACCAACGGGGCGAAGCGCCCGAGAUCGGCUCCUCCCCAGGAUGGAAUGUUGGGUGCUUGCUUGGUGCUUCUGGGGCGCUCCCAGCUCUACUCCUGAGGCCAUGCUGGAAGAUGGGGUGCUUCUCCUUCCCCUCCCUCCGGGGAGACCGAGGCAGCGCAGGGUGAAACAGCUGACCUUGGCGCCCUCCACGCCCAGCUCUGCUGAGUCCUGGGUCUCUCCCGGCCGGGUCCCCGGGCACCAGCUCGAGGGCUUGUGCCUGCCCAGAGGGGAGCAGGGCGCCUGGCCCGGGCCACUGCCCAGGGCGUGGCAUCCGGGGGCUCCUCGGGGCAGGCCGGAUGAUUUAGUUGAGGAUUUAAUGUAUUGGACCCUGUUGGGUCUCUGCUUUCUAGAAGGUCCCUGGGAGGAGCCUGGACUUUGCCGGCGGGGGCCUGUCUGACUUAUUUCCUAGGAACAGGGAGCCGUUUUGCCUCCCUUCCUGUGUCCGACCCGUUUCUGAUCCCACAAGUCUCGCUGUUAAGGAGUGCAAGGGAGGGAAGGUUGGUGGGGGGGGGUAUCGUCUGGAGCCCGGCUCCGGCCUCUGGCCCCAUGAGCUUGGGGCAUUCCGUGGCAGGGGCGGGCCUGCGGGUUCGGUGUGCUGUUUUGUAAGAGGAAUUUCAUACCUUGGAGACGCUUUGUACAUAUUUGUAAUGACUUUAUUAAAAAACGGGCCGUGCACUUCUAGCCAAAGGCGUCUGUGUUUUCAUUUCCUUGGGGAGGGUUGCCCCCCACCAAGGUGCAGGGAGGGGCCCAGCUGCACCCCACA